UUUUAUACAAAUUUUUUUCCUUCAAUGCGUGCACAAUUAACACGCAGAUCGAUUUCACAUAAUAUCAAUCCUUCUCCUCCCCACGCCGUCAGUUUCCGUGCAGAUUUCUUGAUUUUUUCCGAAACCCAGAACCCGAAUUUCUCAUUAGCGGUGCGAGUUUGGAUCAAUUUGGUCCGGGAUUGAUCCAAGUUUCUUGAAUUGCAAACCAAUUCAAAGCUGGAGCAGUUGAAGACGAUCGGUCGGGAGCUCGCAAUGAGCUCCCAAGUAGGAUUUGGGCAGUCCAAGGAGUUCCUCGAUCUCAUCAAGUCAAUCGGCGAGGCUCGAUCCAAAUCGGAGGAAGACCGCAUUGUCUUGCGCGAAAUCGAGACGCUUAAGUCUCGGCUGUCGAACCCUAAUAACCCUAAGUUCAAGCUCAAGGAGUACAUAAUCCGCCUCAUCUAUGUCGAGAUGCUGGGGCACGAUGCUUCGUUUGGAUACAUUCAUGCCGUCAAGAUGACGCACGACGAGAAUUUGGUGCUGAAAAGAACAGGAUACUUGGCAGUUACUUUGUUUCUGAACGAAGAUCACGAUUUGAUUAUCUUGAUUGUGAACACGAUACAGAAGGACCUGAAGAGCGAUAAUUAUUUGGUGGUUUGCGCUGCGUUGAAUGCAGUGUGUAGGUUGAUUAAUGAGGAGACGAUCCCUGCAGUUUUGCCACAGGUAGUGGAGUUAUUGGGGCACUCGAAGGAAGCUGUGAGGAAGAAAGCAGUGAUGGCGCUCCACAGAUUUUAUCAGAAGGCUCCGGGGUCCGUUUCCCAUCUCAUUUCCAAUUUCCGCAAGAGGCUUUGUGAUAAUGAUCCUGGUGUUAUGGGUGCAGCACUUUGCCCACUUUAUGAUCUUAUUGUGGCUGAUUGUGAUGCAUAUAGAGAUCUGGUGGUUAGCUUUGUUAAUAUUCUUAAGCAAAUAUCUGAACGCAAGCUACCAAAGAGUUAUGACUACCAUCAGAUGCCUGCUCCAUUCAUUCAGAUCAAAUUGUUGAAAAUUCUUGCCCUACUGGGAAGUGGCGAGAAACGUGCAAGCGAACAAAUGUACACAAUUUUGGGCGACAUUAUGAGAAGAUCUGAUUCAACAACCAAUAUUGGGAAUGCCAUCCUUUAUGAAUGCAUCUGCUGUGUUUCCUCGUUACACCCCAACCCGAAGUUGCUUGAAGCUGCUGCUGAUGGCAUAGCAAAAUUUCUGAAAAGUGAUAGCCACAACCUGAAAUAUCUUGGUAUCGAUGCACUUAGUCGGCUGAUAAAAAUAAGCCCAGAGGUUGCUGAACAGCAUCAGCUGGCUGUUAUUGAUUGCCUAGAGGACCCAGAUGAUACCCUAAAACGAAAGACAUUUGAACUCCUGUAUAAGAUGACCAAGUCUUCAAAUGUGGAAGUAAUUGUUGAUCGUAUGAUUGACUACAUGAUAAGCAUCAAUGAUAGUCAUUACAAAACUGAAAUUGCAUCUAGAUGUGUUGAGCUUGCGGAACAAUUUGCUCCUAGCAACCAAUGGUUCAUACAGACCAUGAACAAAGUAUUUGAGCAUGCAGGGGACCUUGUUAAUGCUAAAGUUGCGCAUAAUUUAAUGCGGUUGAUUGCUGAAGGAUUUGGGGAGGAUGAUGAUACUGCAGACAGCCAGCUUAGAUCAUCUGCUGUGGAGUCAUAUCUUCGGAUUAUGGGCGAGCCAAAGCUUCCAUCAGCCUUUCUUCAAGUUAUCUGUUGGGUCCUUGGGGAAUAUGGGACUGCAGAUGGGAAGUAUUCUGCCUCAUAUAUUACUGGGAAGUUGUGUGAUGUGGCCGAGGGACAUCCGGAGGACAACACAGUGAAAGCAUAUGCAGUGUCAGCGCUAAUGAAGAUAUAUUGUUUCGAAAUUGCGGCCGGGAAAACAGUGGACAUGCUGCCUGAGUGUCAAUCCCUGAUUGAUGAACUGUUAGCAUCUCACUCAACAGACCUUCAGCAACGGGCCUACGAGCUUCAGUCAAUCCUCUCCUUAAACGCUGAAGCUGCCAAACAAGUGAUGCCAGUGAAUGCUACUUGCGAGGAUAUUGAGAUUGACAGAGACCUUCCAUUUCUUGAUGGCUAUGUCCAACGAGCUCUGGAAAAUGGCGCGCAGCCGUACAUACCUGAGAGCCAACGCUCGGGAACAUCAAGCAUUAGCAAUUUCAAGAAUCACGAUGAUCACGAACCAUCCACACAUGCUCUUAGGUUUGAGGCAUAUGAGCUGCCGAAAGCCCCGGUGGCUGCAACUGUUCCACCGCUGCUGUCAUCCGCAAACGAACUUGUUCCGGUCCCAGACAUAUCAUCAUAUGCCGCAGAUACGUUCCACCCUCCGACAUCUGCUCCAUCCACCUCAAACACUGGCCCCUCAGAACUCAAGCUCCGACUCGACGGCGUUCAAAAGAAGUGGGGACGGCCGACUUUCUCCCCUCCAACACAGACGACACCGACCUCUGAUUCUAUAAAGACUCCGAGUGACACAACUCAGCGUGACUCAGCAAGCAAUUCCGCCUCGAAAGCGCAAGACGUAUCGUAUAGUUCAAGAAAACAGCAGGCGGAGAUUGCGCCGGAAAAGCAGAAACUGGCUGCUUCACUCUUCGGGGGCAUAUCGAAAUCGGACGGAAGAACGCCGUCUAGGCAGCGGGCUUUGUCGUCUCAGAACCUGUCUUCCGACAAGCCUCAUCUCGCCAAGACGUCGUCCGACACUGCUGCGGUUAAGACAUCCCAACCGCCUCCGGAUCUGCUCGACUUGGGCGAACCAUCAUCCGUCAACAUGGCACCUUCAGUCGAUCCGUUCAAGCAAUUAGAAGGCCUUCUCGAUCUCGCGCAGGACAUGCCUCCUGCAAAUCCCGGCGCCUCUGACAUUCCAUCUAUUUUUGCAGACAUGUCCUUAAACCUCCCCGGCGAUGGUAACGCCAAUCAAGGAUCAAAUCUGCUCGACACAAACGGCGUGGGAGCUAGUGCAGCGGAACACUCGAUCCAGCACUUGAACAAAGGGCCGAAUUUGAAGGAGUCGUUGGAGAAGGAUGCGCUCGUUCGACAAAUGGGCUUCACUCCAUCCGGUCAGAACCCGAACUUGUUCAAAGACUUGCUCGGCUAAUGCUAUUGCGCGUACUUUUUAUUACAGAUCAUUCGGAUGGAUUUCUCGAUGAUCUCUGGACUUGUGUCUUUGCCUGAACUACAGCGUGCCCGGGAAGACAGGUAUGUCGGUCGAAACUGGUGCGUAAUUUGUGAUGGUUGUUUAAGAUUGAUACUAUAUGGUUGUGUAGAAAUAUAAAGACAAUGUAGGUUCUUGAACCUAUGGCCUAUAGAGCUGUUUUUAAUUGUGCAUGUUUUGAACGCCCAAUUUUUGGAACAUUCUGGAGUAUUUAUACUUUCGCUCUUCCAACCUUGUUUCUGUAUAAUUCUCACUUUUUGCAAUAAUUUUUUGGGUUCUUA